AGAGAAGCACAGGAAGCAGACGUUUCCACGGUAGCGCAGAAAGGCGACGCAAGAAGCCCGAGGAACAGGAUACUUCGCUCCGUCUCUCUCUCUCUCUGCCUGUCUCUGUCGGGCCGGUCGGCGUCUAAAACGACUAGAAGCGAAGCAGGAAAGAGCGUCCGCCGACAAGAUCCUCGCCCAGCUGAACAGCCGUCCGCCAUCCGAGCAGCCGGACAGCAUUGCCCGGCCGCCGCUGGGUAGCCAUGGAUGAAGCCCAGGCUCGCCGCGCGGAGCCAGGCGGCCAGCGCUGCCUGGUCUACGUCCUCUUCGUCUGGGUCACCGUCCUCUCCCUGGGCCUAGCCGUCACCCUGACCCUCGUCCUCACCGCCUGCCCACCACAGAGAGGCACGACGCCCAACAGCACCGGCGCGGUCGGCUCCAGUGUAGGAGUUUCAUCCUCCCAUCUCAAUAACUUGCCACGCCAUGUGCCCAGCCAAGAGAUCGACGUGGAAAUCGGAGAUUCCAAGGUGAAAAAAGUCGUCCUCCCCUGGGCAAUGGGUGACGCUACGGAGGAGGUCCUCUCCGUAAAUCAAACGCGUCUGGUGGUGAAGCGGGGCGGACGUUACUUCCUGUACGUCCAGGUGACCCUGCAGUCCACCGACACCCCAAACGUGGCCCCCACAGUACGGGUGAAGCAAGAGGACACAACGCUGCUGGAGAGUGUUCUCUCUUAUAGGACCACCAGUGGGGCCCUCACCACAGGGUUCCUGGGUAGGCAGGUGAACCUGAUUACCAAUAAAACCAUUACAGUGACCUGCUCCAGUGCCAGCCAUAUCAACACUACCAGCAGUGCCACCUACCUGGGGAUCUACCUGCUGAAGUAUGAAUAAUCCCUGCCCUUGACAAGACUGCUACCUACCUACUGCAGCAGGGAGUUUACCUGGCACCUGGCCCACGCCCGCUGCACCCCACCGUUUCUGGGAGUCUACCCGAUCCAAAGUGGACAAACCUCAGUUAGCCCACCAUCUUCCGCAGCAGAGACUCUGGCCUGAAGAGCCACAACUUUAACGUGACGUCUCUGUACCCAUGGACCUCCUUCCGCUGAACUAUCCCUAUCCUUAAUUCCUAUCAAACAUCUCCCCCAUUUUCUUUGGGGUCUGAAAUGUCCCGACAGUGGCUCAGAGGCCCUGACACUGUGGCCUGUUCCAUAGAGUAAGGAUGAAUUAUUUCUGAGAUUUGGAGGAAGACUAUUGCAGGAAGAAUGCAUGAAUGGCCAUCCAUGGCAUACAUUUUUUAUUCACUUCCUUAAUUUCUGUCUGAUAUUUACAUGAUACAGUAUUCCAUAACUGCACCAAAAUAACUGGGAUCAAAGCAUGUUGCUUUGUCAAUGGGUCAGUAUUAUGAUCUUUAAAAAGGAAUGAUUAUGACAUCCAGAAAAAACAUAUACUGGAACAUGCUGAAGGUCAUGUAUAGUUAUAGUACGGUUACAGAGAUUUCAGGGAUUUUUAGUUCAAUGUUUACACAUUUGUGCUACAAGCCUGAAGUGGUGGACUUUCAAUUUAGGCUUGCAACACAAAAUAAGAGGAUAUUUCUGUGUCUUUUAACUUAUUAACUUAUAUUUAUGCUUAUUAGGUUGCAAUUAUUUUAAAUGUAUUGCAAAGCAGAAUGUACCAGAGCAAUAGUAUUGCAAAAAUGAAUGUAUUUUGUUUUAUUAAGCUAUACAGAGCCGCACUCUUUAAAAUUGUAAAACGGAUUUAGAAUGCAUUGAAAUGCUUUAACCAGCAGACAGGGAAUGGAAUGCAUUGUAAUGGAAUUUAUAUUGACAGAGAAUGGAAUGCAUUGAAAUGGAAUUCUAUAUUGACGGAGAAUGGAAUGUAUUGUAAUGGAAUUCUAUAUUGACAGAGAGUGGAAUGUAUUGCAGUGAAAAGCAAUGUCAGUCAGUGAUCCUGGAUGAGCCUCCGUAUGUCAUAAUGCUCACCUUCGAUCCUCCAAUAACUGGGUAAAAUCUGUCUAGCUAUGAUUGUUACUCGGUAACAACCAAAGCUGACAGAUGAGUAACAAAGGAUACCCAUGUGGUUCAUCCUAUUAAAACACAGAAUGCCUAUGCAGUAACUUUCCCCAUGAUGUGGUAUCAAGUCAUCGUAUGCCAGUGACAUGCGGUCCUGCAGAGGACCUCAUUCAGCAGCAUAACUGACUCAUUGUUUACCACUGAUCCAUUGUCUAAGGCAGGGCUGCCCAACCCUGUUCCUAGAGAUCAGCCAUCCUGUAGGUUUUCACUCCGACCC